GUCACCCCUGGGGGGUUUUUUUAGGCACAGCAGUCAGUAGCCUAGCGUGGUACUUUGACAAAGUCAUGAUCUUCUGUCCUGUAUUGGCCUUCAAUCUGGAUCGCUGGUUACAGUUGCUUCUGCUGAUACUGCUACUGGGAAGUGUUUAUUCAGAACCUCGCUCCAGACAGAAUGAGAACCACUUUGACUGCGGCGGCGAUGAGUACUUGUCUGGGGACCUCUGCUGCAAACUCUGUAGUGCGGGUGAGUUUGUCCAGCAGUCCUGCACGGUCCCUCACACCCAAGGAAAAUGUGAGCCGUGUCAUCCAGGGAUGUUCACAGAGGCUGGUAAUGGCCUCGACUCUUGUAGAGUUUGCUCCAGCUGUGAUAAAAACCAGGAAAUGGUGGCCGAUUGCUCUGCCACCAGUGACCGGAAAUGCCAGUGUCGAGUGGGUCAUUUCUAUGCUGACCCUCAAUCCCCUGAACUCUGCCUCCCGUGUAGCAAGUGUCCCCAGGGAAUCCCUGUCCUCCAGGAAUGCAGCUCCAGAGCGAACACAGUGUGCAGUUCAGCUGGGACAAAUCAAAGAAAUCGGCUAUUCCUACUAACUGUUCUUUCAACCUUGGCUGUUGUUGCUGUUUUCUGCUAUUACCUGCGUAGGUGACCAGCAACCUGGUGGAGUCUCUUCUUAGGAAUUUCCAAAGAAGACUGCAAAAUGCUCCUAAUCAAAACCAGCUAGCCCUGGACUGAUGUAAACUAGAUGCUUCCGACAGACCUUCCGACCAGCCUGAGCGCCUGACUCAAACCAGCACUUCCAGACUACUCCAAAGCGGACUACUUCCUAGCCCCAGGCCAUCGCACAGAACCUGGGCAGGAGUGAAACAAAUGUUUGCCAGCCUGCACUCCUUUCCCUGGCCUUUGACCAGCAUUCCAGCCUUCCUGAGUCCUGACGACAACACCCUAAUUUCCACUAAGAAGCAGUUACAGAGAGAUUACAUCACCCCUUAUCAUUAACAAAAAGGCUGGGAUGUUGGAUCUAAAAGGAACUCAGGACAAAUGGCUAACUAUGGUGCUUAUGAACAUACCAAAGAACAUGCUGGCCUUUGGGAUCACUCAGUAUCUUACUUCUCAACUCUUCUCACCCCAUCCCCAACCCUAAACUUCUCCAACUCAGGGACUUUCCUUCCUCCAUAACUCUGUCAUUUUGACCAUGUGCCUUCUUGAUCCUCUCUCUCUCGGUGCUAUCUUAGCCCCCAUUCUCUUGCUCCCCUUCUCGUUAUGGUCUGGUUCAGUCCACUGGUCAUUAGUUUACUUUCCCUCCCUGCUCUGGACUCUUCCCAUGCCUGUUCUGCACUGUCCCUCGUAUCUAUAAUAAAGAACUUCCUCUCAACCAUA